AAAAAGACUGGCAUAUUACCUAUAGUUACUGAAGAUGAUAUAACUGAUGCAACUCAAAUCCAACAAGAUAUUUUAUCUUAUGAAGAAGAAGAUACUAAUCAAAUGAUCGCUAAUAAUUUAUAUAGUAAUUCUUAUGCUAAUUCGUUAGCAAAUGCACUAAAUGACUUUUUUUAUAGUCUAAAUGAGGAUAUUCCAACCGAAGAUAUUUUAAAUGAUAAUGAUAUCAUAAAUCUAAUUCAAGCUGAAAUGUGUAAUGAAAAUGACAGUCCAAAUCAUUCUGAUGAUUCUGAAGAGGAACCCGAAUUUGUAUCAUUAAGUGAUGCAAGCAAAUCAUUGCAUAUGUGGAUAACCUUUUUUGAGCAACAACAAUCUGAUGAAUUCAAAAAAGAGGAUAUAAAAUUUUUUAAAAACUAUCUUAAAAUAGUUAAAAGGCUUGAAUUUCAAGCCAAAAAGCAGGUUGCGAUAACUGACUUCUUCACUUAUAGAGAUUAA